AUGCUCCGCCGUCAGCCCCUAAGCCGAACAAGCAGCGACGAAAAAAGACCACUUACACCAGAUGGCAGAGGCAGCAACGAUGAAGAAGAGCUGUUGGAUGGCUACCCGGCCCGAAAGGGACCGGACCUGGGUCGGCUAUCACCUCCAGACCGACUCGAGCACCUCCGCCCGCCCACCCCUGGUCAUGAGGAUGGUACACACAAGGGCUGGUCUUGGCGUUCGAGACGGUCCUCAGUCGAAAGCAAAUACAAAGACGGCGGUGACACGGCAGGGUCGGGACCAGCGAAGACCGGGGCAAAUUCGACGAAGGCAAGCGCCGUGGCAAGCUCACCACGGUCGGCCGUACCAGUCACGGCGCCAUUGCCAUCAGGGACCGACCAUUCGCCGACCCUGCAGACCGCUCCACGCCGACGUUUACUGAGUCCUGGCCCCUCUCUAUCCGAAAGCGAACAAGUUCGAGCGCUUCAGAUAGGUCCGCAUAGGUUUCCAACAAACGCCAGCUCGCCAGCAUCAGAAAGCAAUCGUCCUCAAGUUCAACAAAAGGGGUCAUAUGAGCUUCACAAAAGCCCUGGUCACUCCUCAAGCGAGGGCCAGUCAACGGGCCUUGUUUGGAUACCAAGACGGGGAUCGAGAAGAGGACCUGGGGAUUACUUCAGCUCGAGUUCUGAACCAAUGUCCGAGACUGGGACCGUUAUCGGGUUGACUAGGUCGGAGCGACCACUUCUACGGAGUCGGACCACGGGAAGCAGUGAAGGCUACUUUGGCUCUGAGGAAAGAACCCCGACGCCUAUACCUGUCGUGGUGGAAGAGGAAGAGGAGGAAAUUUCGGAGGAGCAGGAAGAUUACGAGUAUAGUGAGGACGAUGCCAGUGAGUAUGACGAGGAUUCGGUUAGCUAUGAUUCCGACGAUGAUGCGGACGACGAGGAAAGUGAGUAUAGUUAUGAGGACGAGUACGAGGACGACGAGUAUAAUCCCGAAGACUCUGAGGACGAGCGCGGUACUUUGCCGGAGAUCACCGACGAGGAAAACAGAAAACGAAUCGAGUAUCUUUCAAGGAUGGUGGCAGAGGCGACAGAAGCGGCUCGCUGGGCAGAAUUCGGCCCCGACGGACCCUUUGAGGAUACUUAUUAUCCAGUCAACAUGCCAGGUCACCAGCCUGGACUUGCCUUGUUGGAGGCACAGUUUCGGGCGUUUCAACCCGAUCAUCUGGAGUUGCCGCUGCCAAUGAUGAGAACUCCAUCGGAGCAAGAAGCACAAUGCCAAACUGGGAUUGCUUUGUUUGGGCGUAGCAUAGCUGGGGCUGGGGCAAGAUUGGUGAGGAAGGGUAGCAUGCAAGCUUGGAGCAGCUCCAUGUCGCUAGGAAUGAUGGCAAAUAAGGUUCUGGUGAGACUAAUGAGGAAGUUUAAGAAGAGCAGAGCGAUACGUAAACCUCAAGUUUCUGUCUCUUCGCCUGGUGGAAGAGCUGACAGGCCAGAAGCGGAGCGAAGGAGAAGUAGCCGUCAACCUCAGAGCAUGGGUUCUGGAGCAAGUAAAGCAGAGCAUGACAAAACACUUCCUGCCGAGUACACAAGUAGUCCUCCUUCUGAGGGCGACCCAGUCAAAGAAAAGCCACGUGGGCUGGUCUUUGAUCUGAAAUUAGCCAAGCAGCAGCUCCGUGAGCAGGAAGCGCGAGAACGUAGUAGCAGACACACAGAAUCAACGGAGCACGGAGGAUAUCCGGCUUCAAGAACACGAAGCUUUGCCGUUCAGGUUGACCUACAGACACCACCGACCACGCCAUUGCUUGACUCUCACACUCGUCGACGCUUUACGGAGCCGCUUGGCACUUCGCCACCAAAGAUGAGGACAGUCUCGGCCAAGCAAGAGCCAUGGGACCGCGCCCGGAAUUUUAGUCUCCGCGUCCCGAAGCAUGCCAAGGGCAGUGUGAUGUGUCCAGCAAGUACGCUGCAUUCUUCAGGGAGUAGAGGGGUUUGUGCGUAUCAUGGGAGGCAUGCAGAGCCCUCGGCGGACUUGCUCGAGCCCGAGACCACUGCAGAAGAUGAGCAUGGUUCUGAAGAAUCUCAGUUGCAUUCGAAUUCACAGACGAGCAUCAGCAGGUGCAUCUUUCAGGACCAUCUAACGCGCAAAAGGCCGCCUGCAAUGGCCGGCGUCGACCAAGAUCCUCUUUUGCUGCUGCGGCAGUCUAUCGCGUCGGGAGGCGCGAUUCUGCCCACUACCGUCGCCGAGCCAUCGCCAUCGGCACCCGAAGCAAGCCUUUCGAGCGCAACUCAUCUUCAAUUCAGCCAUCCGAAACCAGUCUCGCUGCCCAUAGCCGCGCCGACGCGCUUCGUUAGCAACAACAGGCCAGUCGACCUCCGCAGCAUCUACUUUGCCUGGCUGAACCGCGAGGUCGCCAUCCCAGACUACAAUGCCUCGGCUUCCAAACUCAAUGACGAGCUAGCCCAGUCCUCUACGCCUACCGCGACGGUGCACAAGUUUGCCUUUGUCGAACGUCUCGACCUGAUCACUUGGCUCGAAGGCGCCAGCGAGGAGAGCGAACACAUCCAGCCACUGGCCGGGGAGAAGGAUGCCGCGGCUGCUUCGGCGGCGGGUGCAGCUGCCAAUGGCGGAGCUGCCGCCCCAACUACUGCUUCUGCGAGGGCGGGGAGGGGUACUAUGGACCCCAGGCUUGCGGUCGUUUAUAGUGGUGAGCGGAGGGUGGGUGACCACAACACGGCACUGAGGGGGAUAAAGCCAACGGACUUUUCGCAUGUCCGCAAGCUCGCUGCGCCAUUCAUGAACAAGAAGUCACAAAACCCAUCGGCAAAUAUCCCCAGGAACCCAUCACUGCCGCUCAAUCAGAAACCACAGCGCAGGCCGGAUCCCAUCAUCCUUCUCUCUCCGUCCAUGUCUUCGCUCCUCCGAAUAUCCAAUAUCAAAUCCUUCCUCGAGGCAGGUCGCUACGUGCCGGCAGAUAAUAGCUCGACGGCAUCUAUGCUACAUAUCUCUAGGGUCAUGAAGGAGAUCGACCCGGCGAGGCCAAUGCGCUUCAUCCUGGUGGAGGGUCCAGAGCAGUUCAAGCCCGAAUACUGGAACCGCGUGGUGGCGGUGUUCACGACGGGUCAGACGUGGCAGUUCAAGAACUACAAGUGGCCGCAGCCGCAGGAGCUAUUCCGGCACGUACUUGGAAUCUACGUCGGAUGGAGAGGUUCUCCGCCGCCCGAGACGGUCCGCAGCUGGGGCCAUCGUGUGCAAGCCUACGGGCUGGACAAGUGGCGCGACCCGGCAGCUGUUGCAAGUUUCGGCAACCAGGUCGAUAGCAGUCGGUUCAGGGACAGGGAGGUUGUCGAAAGCAUCUGGAAGGGCAUAGAAGGCAACAUGAGGUCCAAGGGCUGGAAGAGAGAUGCUGGGCCGACGGCAAUCUGAGAGAUUGUCUAGUUUGGGUAUGGGCCUUUUGAGUUACCCAAUUUGCGAGGGGGGGAGGAAUGCCACUCGACGAUCAGACCCUGGCUUCAUUGCGCCUAGCUUGACGUUCCUUACGGCACGUUAAGGUCACGUACAAUACGAAAACUCGGUUUCUGACCUGCGUGGUAUGUAGGAAGAAUGAUACCACAUUAACAACUUGCCAAGGCUACACCGCUGAGACUGGGAGGAUUAUCAGGGAAUGGCGUUUAUGGUGUGUUGCUUUUUUUCCAAAGCGUGUAAUAUGAAAGCCAGGCGCUGGGAAGGCAUGUUUAUGUAUAUAUCAAAAAGGACGGUCAAGAGAUCAUGGAAUCCAUCCGCGUG